CCCUCCUUUCUUUCACUCCAUCCCCCUCUUCCAACUCCUCCUUCUCCCUCUCCGCCGCUAUUUCCAACAGCUGAUUUCCAGAUCGGAGAGAGAGGAACACGGCGAGACAGUUCAGGUUUCGAGUCGGUCGCAGCAGACGGGUUUAAAGCGAGCAGAGAUGCGGGGAGAGCGCUGCGGUCCGCCAGCGUCCGUGAUGAAGAUCUGAGCGCCGCCGCCGCUGCCAUCAGCUCCGAGAGGAUGGCUUUCCAUGGAUCCUCUCGGCCAACAGUGUGUGGUAACUUGUUCCCUGGAUCAGAGUUAGGCCACAAGUAUUUUUGUGUCAACACAACGACCGGCACUACCUCAACUGGCCUCAGCGCAACACCAAAUCCGAGCGGACCCAACGCUCCCGCUGGGACUCCCAGACACCCGGCGUCUCUCGGGGGCAGCGCAGGUGGAGGGGCGGCCAUCCCACAACCUCACAGUAACCCGGCAAGUGAGGUUCCAAGUCCUGCUGAAAUGGAGCCUGAUCGGCCAAUCGGUUAUGGCGCAUUUGGAGUGGUGUGGUCUGUGACGGACCCACGGGACGGGCGUAAGGUGGCUCUGAAGAAAAUGCCGAAUGUCUUCCAGAACCUGGUCUCCUGCAAACGUGUUUUCAGGGAACUCCGGAUGCUGUGUUUCUUUAAACAUGACAACGUGCUGUCUGCCCUUGACAUUCUCCAACCUCCACAAAUCGACUGCUUUGAGGAGAUAUACGUGAUCACUGAGCUCAUGCAGAGUGACCUACAUAAAGUCAUCGUUUCCCCUCAGCCUCUCACCACCGAUCACAUCAAGGUGUUCCUCUACCAGAUACUCAGGGGGCUGAAGUACCUGCAUUCUGCAGGCAUCCUGCACAGAGACAUCAAACCAGGGAACCUGCUGGUCAACAGCAACUGUCUGCUUAAGAUUUGUGACUUUGGCCUGGCGCGAGUGGAGGAGCCGGAUCCUUCUCGUCACAUGACCCAGGAGGUGGUGACGCAGUAUUACAGGGCUCCGGAGGUUCUGAUGGGAUGCCAGCAUUACACUUCAUCUAUAGAUGUCUGGUCUGUGGGCUGCAUCUUCGCAGAGUUGCUGGGCAGACGUAUUCUUUUCCAGGCUCAGAGCCCCAUACAACAGUUGGAUCUGAUCACUGAUCUCCUCGGGACUCCUCCUCUUUCUGCCAUGGCAUCUGCGUGUGAAGGAGCGCGAGCGCACAUUCUUAGAGGACCCCACAAACCACCCUCGCUGUCUGUUCUGUACAUGUUAUCAGAUGGAGCCACACACGAAGCCGUUCAUCUUUUGUGUCGCAUGCUAGUUUUUGAUCCAGCUAAGCGUAUCUCGGGAAGUGACGCUUUGUCUCAUCCGUACCUGGAUGAGGGUCGUCUGCGGUACCACACAUGCAUGUGUAAGUGCUGUUACUCUGUGCCCAGCGGGAGGGUGUACACCCGAGACUUUGAGCCGCCUGCCGAUCGACCUUUCAGCCACAACUACGAGCAGAGCAUGCACUCAGUCUGGCAGGGCAAAGAGCUCAUCCAUCGCUUUAUAACAGAACACCAGCAAGGCAAACGAGUGCCUUUGUGCAUCAAUCCCCAGAGUGCAGCCUUCAAAACCUUCAUUAGAUCCACAGCGUGGCAUUCUUCGAAAGUAUCAAGGAAAGAAGAGAGAUGAGGGAUGAGGUGGAUUCUGGGAAACGUGGAUCAUAGGAGCAAGCAUGCUUUGGAGAUGAUGGAUCACAUGCUUUUGAAUGAACUCUCAGCACUCAUUCCAAUUCGACAUGGGGAUUUCUCAGAAAAACACUUUUUUUUUUUUUUUUUUUUUUUUUUUUUUUUCCCCCCAGAUCCAUUUACACGACACUGAUGAAUAAUGCUUCUGAUGCUGCUGAGAACACUUUUAUAUUGACUGUGUGCUUGAGGACUACGGGAAAUGGAAUUUUCCACAGGAAAAAAAAAAAAAAAAAAAAAAAAAAAAAAAAAAGAGGAAAAUGGAUUCUUGAAUAUGACUAAAUGAGCCAACUUCAAUGUUGUGCAAUACAGAUAUCUGGAAUAAUGCAAAUGACGAGACUGCGCUGACCGUGAUUUCACUAACAGAUGAGAUGACAGUGCCCACAAGUCCAUCGCCCCUGCGGCCAUCUUCAGUCUGCCGCUGUAUCUCCAAACUCUGUCUAUAGACUUUUAUCACUGUGUUCCUUUUGCGGGUUCUUAGGUUUUAUUCUGAAUAGUUUGGUAACCAAAAGUUCUUAAGUCUUCUUACUUUGUUACUGCUUUCUGUUCGAUAUCACUUUUUUUGGGGGGGAGCCUCUCAGUUUAUUUUGAUGCACCCCAUGCGAGGGAUACGUUGGAGUUGUAUCAGAAUGCUGUAUAGAGAUGGCGGCGUCUCGUGACGGCAGACGUACAGAAGUACAAGUUUAUCUGGGUAACGUAGGUACUGUUCCGUUCCCACCUGAAGCAUCCUCCCAAAGGUCCCGCCCCCCUCCUAGGACCAAACUAGAUUGAUUACCAGUACCCUGCUCUGAUUGGGCGAGGCAGAGAAGAUAGAUGGAAUAUUAUUUAUUUUCUCUCUUUAAUUUAUUGUUGUCUUGUCCGGCUUGUUAGGUGUUUGUGUUUGGAGGACCAGGUGCGUGGGUUUCAUGGCGGCAUGAGCGAGCCAUCUGGUCUGAGUGUUUUCUUUUUUCUUUUUUUUUUUUAAAAACUGCGGUUUCUGAGAGUUUAGGGAAUGUGCAGUGUUGUAAUUAUUAUUAUUUUUUUUUUCCGGUUUUGUUGUUUUGGAAUAUUUCAUUACCUCAACCGGCCCUCGUUUCACUGGGCUGGUGUAUAUAGACUGAACCCAAUCGUUUAUCAAAAAUGUACUGUAAUGCAGUCGAAUGACGUCACUGUGUGUGCGCAUGUGUGUGUGUGCGCGAAUGUGUG